ACAAGUUUUUAUGUGUUCUUGAAGAGAGUUGUAAUCCUUUACUUCAUUGUAAAAGAUGGAGUUUUGGGCUAAUGUUUUAUUAAGUCUUUCUAAAUGUAUGUUAGUUUUAUUUCUAGUGCCAUAAGAGUGAAAGUCUGCAUUUAUUUUUAUUAGAUCAUUUAGGUAAUGCGGCAUCGUUCCUUUCAUUAUUUUAUGUAUAAAGACAAGAACAUUAUAUUUGAUUAACUUACUUACACUAAUCCAGCCUAACCUAUUUAACAUUUCUUUAAUCGGUGUAAAUUUAUUACAAUUUAAUAUUGCACGCAUUGCCCUAUUUUGGAUUAGCUGCAUUCUAUUGAUGUCUUUAGCAUCACACAUGUAUAAUAUCUACUUAUGUAUAAAGGUAUCUAAACCGUUCGUUUUUUUCUUUUUCAGUAAAGCAUCUUCCAUUGGUGAUCAGGGUUAUCACCUUUCCAAUAAUCAAUCAAUGUAUGCAUGGAGAUAUCACUUAUUAACUACACCCAUCAGGCUUUGGUGCUUUACACCGUGGAGACAGAACCAACGACAAACACUUCCUCAUACGACUUCAAUGUCACCAGGUCGCUUUCGAAGCUCAGCACUCCAUGGGCUGUGACAGUGGCCCUUCUCCUGGUCUUCGUCAUUUCGCCGAUGAUCGUUAUUGGAAACUCCCUUAUUUUGGUCGCCAUUUGUAGAUUUAAACGACUAAGGACUCCCAGUAACUAUUUAGUGACUUCGUUAGCAGUUUCGGACUUGGGCGUUGGAACUUUUAUGCCGGUUGGGACUUAUUUGGAGUCGGGAAGUUAUCAAGAAAUCAACGUACACACUUGUCUUGUUAGCUACAGCGUUGUAAUAACAUUGUGUUGUGUGUCGGUGUUAGUAAUGGUUGCUAUAGCUGUGGACCGAUUUACGUCUUUAGCGAAACCUUUACGGUAUCAGAAUUUGAUAACACAUACGGCUGUGGAAAGGUACAUUUUCGUGUUUUGGAUUUAUUCCGCUAUCGUUGGGUUUUCUCCCUUGGGGUAUGUUCUGGUGUAUGGAGCCGUCAAUGGAACCAG